AUUACUAAUGAAAUAGUCAUUAAUUUGGUAUUCAUUUUGAUAUAUAUUUACAUGAAUUCUCAUAUUUAUUGAAAGGUUUAAUGAAUAAAACGAUUGCAUAGCAUAUGAUAUGAUAGCAAUGAAAGCAACCCAUAAUUGAAUGCCAUUUAAUGGCUUAUUAUCUGUCGAUAAGAACUAUAAGUUUCUUAUGGUUUGUGGCGAUAGAGAUAACUGGCAUUCAUUUGAUGGCUUAUUAUCUCUAAGAUAACCACAAUCUCACCAACGAGUCAAACGACGAGACAAUAAACACAUAAAUAAGAAAAUGGCUGAAGAUAUGCGCGAUAACCAACUCAUGCCAAAGACACCACACCUGAUGAUCACCUCCUAUGACGACCACUACUACGGAGACAAUAGCAACGACUCGGCCGAUGAGGUGAACGCCAACCGAUUGCCUCCUAAUGAAGCCAAACAACGGCGCAAACAAUACCAGCGCUUAAGAGGCCAAAGAGUGGCCGUCUUCGGCGAUAGUCUCGACUAUUGUCUGUCACAGGAAUCGGACGACAACAGCGAGUGUAUGCCUGUGACCGACGACACCACCGGUGCCAAUGGGGUCGACCUCUCACUCAUGAGGGAAUGCGUCAACUGUUCCACUCAGAAGACCAGUCAGUGGCGCACUAAUGGCAGCGGACACUACCUCUGCAACGCCUGUGGACUCUACAAGAAGUACAACGGAGAGGACAGACCGCCGGCCAGUCUUGUGGUCAGUCGCAAGAAAAAUUGUUCAGCACCGAAACAGUGUUCAAACUGCGGGACCCUUACGUCGUCGAUGUGGCGCCGGACGGCCAAUAAGGAGGUGGCCUGUAAUGCGUGCGGACUCUACUACAAGCUGUACGGCAAAUACAGACCCAUCGAAAUGCGAAAGGAUGUCGUCUACCCUCGCAAUCGCUACUCAAAAAUUGUUGCAAAUAAUGGCCACUUGUCUGAUGAGACCCCCGGCCCGCACACCACCGACGACAGCGCUGUUGACCCACCAGUAGGUGUGACACAAAAAAGUGAUUUUUAUAAACCUUUUGUGGCGAAGACCAAGAAAGUGAAGCGAAAGUUAAAAUCUAUUAUUAAUACAAGAAUUAAACACAACAUGGAGUCGACUGACGACGAAAAACCCAUUGAUUUCAAACAAAAUAGUCCAUCCGUUGCGAAACCAUCGAGUCUUUCAUUAAUGAGUGAGUCCUCGGCUGCCGAACCGAUAAUCUCUUCGUACAGUGAUAUGCAUAGAGAGAGAACGGUAUCGACAAUCACUGAUUGUUUCCGUCAGUGCGCCAAAUGUGGUGCUAAUGUCGUCACCCAAUUCGGCGCAUACUUUGGUCACUAUCUGUGCAAUGAUUGCGGAAUUCCUUCCAAACAAUUCAACCCUUUGGAGGACAACACGUCCAACGACUCGAAGAGCGGCUUUAAAAAAAAGGGACGGGACAUGUCGUGCAGCAACUGUGGAGUGACGGUGUCGAGUGAAUGGCGCCGCAACCCGUCGGGACAGCCGGUGUGCAACGCGUGUGGCCUGUACUUCAAGCUGCACCUCAAGAACAGACCCAUUCAUAUGCGCCGCGAUUUCAUUAGCCAUCGAAAGCGAACGGCUGUCACACCAGUCGUGCCUAUUGUCCACUCGACUCAACAUUUCAAUCAUAUCUCAAGUGAUUGUCGUAAUAUUGAUGUCAAUAAUCGCAAUAAUUCAAAUCCACAGAUAUCGCAAGAGUUGGUCGAUGUGAUGGACGCCCACCUCUGGAGGCAGUGCUGGUGA